AUGUCAAGCAAUGAUAAUAAGCCUAUGGACACGGGGGAGAGGCCCCUGAACUGUGACCCCAGGUGUGAACAGAAGUGUGAAGCCAAAUGCCAGCCCAGCUGUUUAAAGAAGCUGCUCCAACGCUGUGCGGAAAAGUGCCCAAAGGAAAAGUGUCCACCACCACCUCCAUGCCCUCCAUGCCCCCCUCCGUGCCUCCCGCCCUGCCUCCCAGAAUGUCCCCCACCAUGUGCCCCACCACCGCCAUGCCCUCCACCGUGCCCUCCCGAUCCCUGCUCUCCUCCUUGCGCACCCCCAGAGUGA